CUGAUUAUCUGCGUUGUAAAUUAUUUUGGAGUGAGACAACUGCUCUGAUUACCCUCUGCCUGUGUGGUGGUGGAGGCGGGGAAGGGGUCUGCUGCUCCAUAGGCUAUUUUAAAAAAUGACCCCCCUCCCAACACACACACAGCUGCUCGGAACCAUGACAGAAAAUGACGGAUACAGUUGUCGCAGAGGGACAAGUCAAGUUUAGAGAUGGAAAAAAGUGGAAGACUCGCUGGGUGGUUCUACAGAAGCCCUCUCCUGUUGCAGACUGCCUGAUAUUGCUUGUGUACAAGAAGAAGAAGAGAAGGAGAAACAGCCGGCGGAAAGAGAAGCUCAGCGUAACGCUGGAGGGCAUCUGCGGUGUGGAGCCGGGGCCCGGGUUUGACGGCGUGUCCUACACUUUGUCCAUCCUCUGCCUGGCACACACUCAGGUUCUGGGCUUCAGCAGCUGGGACGCCCUGCUGGCUUGGGACACAAACAUCCGCUACAGCCUGGGCGAAGUGCACAGGUUCUGUGUUAGCGUGGGAGCGGGAACAAAGCUGGAGAGCGGACCGGCCUCCCUCCACCUGUGCAACAACCUGCUGGUCCUCAGCAGAGGCCCCCCCCACACCGUGAUCGGCCACUGGAAGCUGUCUGCUCUGCGCCGGUACGGAGCCGUGCCCCACGGCUUCGUCUUCGAGGGCGGGACCCGCUGUGGACUCUGGGCAGGAGUUUUCUUCCUGUCCUGUUCAGAGGGAGAGAAGAUCAGUCUGUUAUUUGACUGCAUCGUCAGGGGCGUCUCUCCUAGCAGAGCUCAGCAUGGUCACCAACCCCAACAGCCAGCUGAUCCCGGUUCUGACCCGUUAUUGGCAGAGGAGCGGCUCAGCCUGGAGACGUCGGAGCUGGAGAAGAGGCUCAGCAUGUUGUCUCAGUGCAGCCUGACGAGCAGCACGGCCUCCGCUUACAGCUGCAGCUCAUCUGUUGCCGGGGACGACCACAGCCUCUCCAGCUCCUCCUCCUGUCAGUCGGAUGCCAGCUACGGGAGGCGACUGGCGUGUUGGGUGGAGCCGUCAGUGCGGCCGCACCUCUCUGGCGAGAUGGCGGCGAGCUCCUCCACGCUUAAGGCUCUGACCCGUUCAGAUGACCGGCUGUAUGAUGGCAUGACGGGGGGCCGCCUGGCCUACGCCCAGCUCCACCCUCGGUGCCUCCAUGACAGCGGGCGGCAGAGCUCCUUGGACAGUGGGAUUGGGAUUGCCACGGGCAGUCAGUCCUCCUAUUGCGGGAGCUACUCUUCUCGCACAGGGAGCCUGGAGAUCCAAGGAGCAGGAAAGGAGCUCUGCUCACCACUGCCAGAGCAGAGCUCCACCUCCUCCUGCUCUGGAGCGUCCCGCAGGCACAGUGCUGAAUACCAGACCCCUGGCCUGCUCAGACUGUGGUACAACACCCCCCGCCGGCUCCUGCAGCCGCAGGCCGAACCCCCAGCUCUGCCUGCGCUGGGGAGGGCGGAGAACCAAGGCAUGGGAGGUGUUCAGGUGCAGACAGCGAUCAGUAGACUGAAGGCUCAGCGCCAGGCCUCCAUGCAGCGCUCUCACUCCUGGGGCAGCGAGAGCGCCCCCUCUGUGGAGCGUGAGGGCACGCCCACACCCCUCCAGGUUUUUGGAGUAAAUCAGGGCUGUCAGGGUUGGAGCGACUACAUAACUGCAGAGCAGCUGCGAUCGGUGAGGAGCAGACACUCCACGCAGGUCACCAGCUCUCCACCAGCAGACCUGGCACCCUGCAGAACUGCAGCCACACUCGCAGAGCCCCCCCUCUGUGUGGAAGGCAGCUUUGGUGAAUGGAGAGGUCAGAGGAUGAGGAUGCUAUCUCCUCCUCCAUCCUCACCGCCUCCUCCUCCUCCUGUCACCUCCCUCCUCCACAGGCCAACAUCCGCGAGUGCGUCGCUCCAGUCUCCUGUCAAAGCUCCUCCAUGUGCCUGGCUCCACGCUGGGCCUCGCUGGGGAGGUGCUGGUAAAUGUGCAAACGUCUCCAGGAGCCUCCUCUCAGCCGAGGAGCUCCUGAACAUGCAGCCGGAGCGGCAGGAGCCCAGCUCUGCUCCUUUAAGUCGUCCACAUGGAGCUGCAAGAGGAGGCGAUCUGCAGAAACCCAACCCACCCCAUCAGGUGCCCUCAACUGGACAUGGAAGCGGCUCGUAGAGCGGGGGGAAGAGUACGUCAGGGGCGGGAAGGACAGGCUGAGCCAGCUGGAGCGGAGGCCCCCAAACCAACUCUGGACACCCCUCCCCCAUCUCUUCACGCUGCCCACAACAGCAGCUUUCCACAUCUCUUAUCAGCAUUUCCCACAAACCUCUUGCUGACUGUUAUGCAAAGAAAACAGCUCUCCAGGCAGAACUUCCUCCUGCCGGUGCUGGGGGGCUGGGGGGGUUCUGUCUUCACAUCAAUAGAACAGCUGCUCUCCUCACAGCCUUCCUGCAGUUUGUUAAACUGAAGCCACAUUUUCCUGCUGUAAGUUUUGCUCUGCUCUGAUCCAUCUAUCUAUCUAUCUAUCUAUCUAUCUAUCGAGAGAGACAGAGACAAACACAAACAGUGAAUGACACCCCCCCUCACAAUAACACCUUAAAGUUGUAUCUCUCAGAGACUGACUGGUGCAGCUAUCCAUGCAUUUAUUUCAGAGCAGUGAAGCUGGAAUAAGCAGCUUAGCGUUGAUCUCAGGUGAAAAUUACAUUUACCCCCCCUCUCCGUGCCGCCAGAGCGGGACACAGCGGAGCCAUCAUUAGUCACCAGAGCCAUCAAUGCUCUCGCUGCUCCACGGUGAAAGGCUGCAGCUGACCCCCCAACAAUUGAAGGAAUGAUUGAAUAUUUGAUUUCAGUUUACAGAUCCGAGCUCCUCACCGUCUGAGGAAGAAAAGACAGUAGAGUAAAGUCAGGAAGAGCCGGGCUGUAAAUAAUAAAUUUUUGUUUAGAUCAGACAGUACAAGUGACAUCUGUAGUGUGUGUUGUUUUGUUUAUGUUCCUGAACAAUAAAGGUUUCAUUUUCA